GCUAGACUUCAAGACAGAUUUGGAAGUCCAGAAAUUGUAGAAAGUGCUUUGCGUAAGAAACUCAAUAACUUUGCCAAAAUAAGUAAUAAAGACAACAAACGUUUAUUUGAGCUUUUUGAUAUAGUUUCAGAAAUAGAAGCAGUUAAAGAGAAUGACAUGUAUAGAAGUAUUUUUAGUGUUUAUGACUCAUCGGCUGGCGUAAAUAUUAUUAUAGCAAAACUUCCAUAUAAUAUCCAAGAAAAGUGGACAUCAGAGGCCACCAGAUAUAAGAUUCAAAACCACUUGGUAUAUCCACCAUUCACAGUAUUCACCAAGUUUUUGCAAAGGAUGGCAAAAAUGAAAAAUGACCCCAGUUUUUUCUUCGAGGAUUGUCGAGAAGUCAAAGUACAGAAUACUACUAAUGCAACCAACAAUCGUUAUGGAAACACAAGAAAUCAGUUAUCUUGUGCACGUACUGAAACAUCAGUGUUGAAACCGUUAGCAGAUAAAGUAAAAAGUUCAGACUUGGUAUGUCCUGUGCAUGGAACAAGUCACUUAUUGAAUGAUUGUAGAGGUUUUCGCAUGAAACCGAUUUCAGAACGAAGGGAGUUCUUAAAAAAGAAUGGAAUUUGUUUUCGCUGUUGUGGGCCUAAGCGCCAUCUAAGAAGAGACUGCAAAGAGUUCUUGAAAUGUUCAGUCUGUCAGAGUCGGGAACACCCUUCUGGUUUACAUACCGAUAUAGAAAGUAUUAAAAAGAACAACCCCCAGAAUCUCACGAGGGGGAGAAUGAAUCAAGAGAAGUUAAGACAGCAUGUACACAAAUAUGUGGUCAAGUAACUGGCACAAGUAAGUCAUGUUCAAACUAAUGCUAGUAAAAGUGUAUCCAAAAGGAAAACCCGAACAAUCACGAAUGAUGUAUUCUUUAAUAGAUGACCAAAGUAACAGGUCAUUGGCCACUUCCAACUUCUUUUAUUUGUUUUGUGAUAAUGGACCUGAAACUGAAUAUGUUUUGUCGUCUUGUGCAGGAAAAUUCACAACAUCUGGACGUUUAGCUAAGGACUACGUGGUAGAAGCUUUAGAUGGGUCUUGUGUGUUUGAUUUACCAACUAUCAUCGAAUGUAAUGAUAUUCCGAACAAUAGACAGGAAAUAGCGUCGCCUAAUGUGGCUAUUCAGUAUCCUCAUCUUGUAGACAUUGCUCCUUACAUUCCUGAAAUCGAUGAGCAUGCACAGAUUGAUCUUUUGAUAGGAAGAGAUUUGAUAUCAGUACACCAUGUACUCGAUCAGCGUCUUGGCAAAGGUAACCUCCCAUAUGCACAGAAGCUGCCUUUAGGGUGGGCAAUAAUUGGUGAAGUGUGUCUCGGGAAAACUCAUCCGCCUGGCAUUCUAGAUUGCGUAAAUGUGAACAAGACUACCAUUUUGAGUAAUGGCCGUGCUACUUUUCUUAAACCUUGUCAAAAUGAAUUACUAAUAGAUACGAACGUUUUCCGUACAACUGACAAAGAUGAAAAAAUUGGAUCAUCAAUUGAAGACGAUACAUUCCUGAGGAUCAUGAAUUCAGGUUUUGUUAAAGAUUCAGAUGGUUGUUGGGUUGCUCCAUUGCCCUUCCGUGAGCAUCGGCCAAUAUUAGAAAACAACAAACAAUUAGCUUUAAAGAGAGCAAAAUCUUUCGAUUACAGCUUGAAAAUUAAUUCUACAAAACGAGAACAUGUCAUACAAUUCAUGCAGAAAAUCAUCGAAAAUGGUCAUGCUGAAAUAGCGCCACCAUUGGCUAUAUCGUCUGAAUGUUGGUACUUACCUAUGUUUGGGAUAUAUCACCCCAGAAAACCUGACAGUAUCAGAGUUGUAUUCGAUGCAUCCGCAGUGUGUAAUGGUCAUUCAUUAAAUAACAUUCUGUUAAAGGGACCAGACCUCACGAACAGCCUGUUAGGGAUUUUGCUUCGUUUUCGAAAAGAGGCUAUAGCGGUAACUGCUGACGUCGAACAGAUGUUCUAUAAUUUCAAAGUCAGUGAAGAGCAUCGUAAUUACCUUCGUUUUAUUUGGCAUACUGAAAAUGACAUUGAAAAACCAUUGAUUGAUUACCGUAUGACUGUUCACGUAUUUGGCAACAGCCCCUCGCCGUCAGUGGCAACUUAUGGACUUAGGAAAUCUGCUGAAACUGCUGAUCAAGAUGUGAAGGAGUUUGUAGAUCGCAACUUUUACGUGGACGAUGGUCUAUUGUCGUGUCAAAAUGUUGAGACAGCUGUUGAUUUAGUUAAGAGAACACAAAAUGCAUUGUUAAGUGGUGGUAAUCUUAGGUUACAUAAAAUAGCCUCAAAUAGCAAAUAUUUGUUAAGCCAGUUUCCCGUUGAUGAUCUGGCUAAAAAUCUCAAAGAUCUGAAAUUUGAAAAUGGCUGUUUACCUUUGCAAAGAAGCCUAGGUAUGGCUUGGGAUAUUAAUACUGACUGUUUUACCUUUCAAGUAGCACAUGACAUCAAGCCAUUUAGCAAGCGUGGCGUAUUAUCAACGAUCAAUUCUCUUUUUGAUCCGAUUGGCUUUACAGCCCCUGUUUCAGUUCCUGGUAAACUUCUCUUACGUGAUAUGAUGACUUCACUAGGACACACUGAAUGGGAUGACCCAUUACCUGAUACUUACCUACAUCCAUGGAAACAGUGGAUUAAUACGUUACCUGAUCUUGAGCAAUGCUGUAUUCCGCGUAUGUAUAGUGACAUCUCCUAUGCAGAAGCUUCGAACAAAGAAGUUCAUAUCUUUUGUGAUGCUUCAAAAGAGGCAAUAGGUGCGGUGGCUUAUUUGAGAUUAAUUGACUCACACCAUGUAACGGUUAGUUUUUUAUUGGGAAAGGCGAAGGUUGCGCCUUCACAUGGGAAUACUAUUCCUCGAUUAGAACUGUGCGCCUCUGUUCUUGCGGCAGAAUUAUCUGAUCUUGUCAAAGAGCAUUUAGGUAUAGAUCAAAGUGAAAUGUACUUUUACUCAGACAGCAAAAUAGUGUUAGGUUACUUGACAAAUGAAUCAAAGAGGUUUCAUGUAUACGUUGGAAACCGAGUACGACGAAUUCGAGUCUCUUGUGAUCCAAAAAGAUGGAGACAUGUUUCAACCGAAAAUAAUCCGGCAGAUAUCGCAACACGAGGAAUUAACCCUGCAGAGUUAUCGAAUAGUAUAUGGAUGAAGGGACCAGCAUUUCUUUAUAACGUGUCCCUUGGAAAUUUAGAUAAUGGUCCACAUCAGUUGGUUGAUGCUGAUAGUGACAAGGAGAUUCGCCCAGAUGUGCAAGUAGCUAAAACACAAACUGUAGAUCGAAAUAAUGUACAUAAAUUAGGAACACAUAGAUUCUCAACAUUUUCAGAAUGGAGAACUUUAGUCAGAGCAAUUUCCUUAUUGAAACAACUUGUUAGAAAUCUGGCACACCAUAACGAUAAACUUGAACAUUUAGAUGCAUACAAACAACCAGAUGCUUUGAAACGAGCCCAACAAUUCAUAAUUCGUGAGGUUCAAAUGGAAAAUUAUAGAAACGAAAUAGACAAUAUCAGACAGGGAACAUCGUUACAUAACAACAGUUCUCUCUCGCAACUAUCGCCCAUACUUGAUGUUGAUGAUACCUUAAGAGUUGGUGGUCGCUUGCGAAAUUACAAAGAUUGUGCAGAUCUUUCAAAACAUCCUAUUAUCUUACCAAAACACCACCAUAUAUCAUUACUUAUUGUUCGACAUUUCCAUGAAAAAGUGGCUCAUCAAGGCAGAAGCCUCACAGAUGGUGCUAUCCGUACAGCUGGUUUUUGGAUUUUAGGCAGUCGUCGUUUAGUUUCUUCAGUGCUUCAUAAAUGUGUGAUAUGUCGUAAGCUUCGUGGUUGUUUCGGUUGGCAGCAAAUGGCAGAUUUGCCUGAGGACAGAUUAAAACCAUCACCGCCAUUUACAUUCGUCGGUGUUGACACUUUUGGCCCAUGGCCCAUAGCUUAUAGACGCACUCGUGGUAUACCAGCUAAUCAGAAAAGAUGGGCACUUAUGUUCACAUGCCUCGUCAGCAGAGCAAUUCAUAUAGAGGUCAUAGAGGAGCUCAGCAGUGCUUCAUUUAUAAAUGCGUUGCGUCGUUUCAUUGCCUUAAGGAGUGAAGUUAAGCAGUUCCGUUCUGAUAGGGGAACAAACUUUGUUGGCAGUUCAAAAGAGCUAAAUAUGAUCACUGACUUUGUUGAAAAAGACUCUGUGAGAAGUUUUCUCUCAAACAACGACGUCUUGUGGCUAUUUAAUCCUCCACACGCCUCCCACAUGGGAGGAGUGUGGGAAAGGAUGAUUGGUGUUUCACGAAAGAUUUUAGAUUCUAUGUUACUACGAGAAGGUUCAAAAACUCUUACUCAUGAAGUACUUACUACCUUGUUAUCGGAGGUAACAGCAAUUGUAAAUGCGAGACCCUUGGUUCCGGUGUCAGCUGACCCAGAAUCACCAUGUGUACUUUGUCCAGCAAUGCUUCUCACACAUAAAAUAAAUCAGGACAAUGUAUCGUUUCCAACAUUCGGAAAUAAAGACAUGUUGAAAUCUCUAUGGAAGCACACUCAGGUUCUAGCAGAAGAGUUUUGGAACCGCUGGCGUAACGAAUAUUUAAACCGUCUACAAACUCGACAAAAAUGGACCAGUGAAUACAGUAAUAUGAAGGAAGGCGAUUUAGUACUCUUAAGAGACCGUGAAUGUGCUCGCAACUAUUGGCCAGUCGCAAUUGUUGAAAAGACAUUCCCUAGUUUUGAUCAGAAAGUCAGAAAGGUUCAAAUUCGUGUUGUGCGUGAUGGGAAAGCAGUUAGUUAUGUUAGACCAAUCAACGAACUAGUAAUGUUGGUAGAGCAUGUGGAACUAAAACAAAGUGAAACAGAUUAAUGAUUAUAAUUUUAACUCGUUGAAUCUUCGGAUAGUCAGAACAUUUUAUAACAUUUUGCAUUGAUAAUUUGUUUAUGUUAUUUUCAAAUUUGUUUAUGAAUUGGUGAUUUCAGUUUUGAAAUCAGAGGGGGAGUGUUAUGUCACACUCCGGAAAUUACGGAUCUGUCCGUCAUUAUGUCGAAUUUUAUUUUUGAUGUCUGCCACACGGCAAAGCUAAACAAACUUUUCUUUGGUAUUCAACCCUCCACAGGUUUUUUACCCUCUCUGGAGGUCUGCAAUAAAAGAUAGUAACUCAG